AUGCUCAGCAACCGCCUGGUCGUAGCCAUUGACUAUGGCACUACCUUUACUGGUGUGGCCUUCUGCGAGACCUCGGAUACAGGUGUAGUCGGCAAGACCAUCAUCGUGGUUCAAGACUGGCCUUCCCGGCAUACCAAGAUCGCUACCAAGGACAAAGUCCCCAGCGAAUUGGCGCUGAAGGACCUCUCCAACUGGGGCUCGCUCAUCGCUCCAAAUGAGCAGCGCCAUAUGUGGACCAAACUCUUGUUGGACGACCCGAAGGCCGGUGAAGUAGACAAGAUACUGAGAGAGCUCACUCUGAGUGACUCCACGCGACCAUCAGCUAAGCCAGUCGAGGUUAUCGCGAAGUACCUUGCGCAUGUCAAGGCUCAUCUCAUCAAGAACCUCGACAUCCACUAUGGCAAAGGUCUCUGGCGGACUCUACCUCUCACACUCGUCGUCACCGUGCCAGCUGUAUGGUCGGACGUCGCUAAGGACUCAACGCUGCGAGCUGUCAACAAGGCUGGGUUCAACACUACUGAGCUUCCUCAACUGAAGAGGACUGUUCUCACUACAGAGCCCGAAGCCGCUGCAAUUUACACCAUUCAGUCUAUGCGAGGAGGCAUUCAAGACGAGCAGUUUGCCGUCGGCGACGCGUUUGUCGUAUGUGACAUGGGCGGAGGCACAGUCGAUUUGAUCUCAUAUCGCGUCGCUGAGCUGGAGCCAACCACAUUAGAAGAAGCCACUGUCGGUAGUGGUGAUCAGUGUGGAGGUAGCUUCGUCGAGCGUGGAUUUCUGAAGUGGUUGGAACGUCGCUUGGGUACUUCUGACUUCGUUUUGAUCGCUGGAGAGAGGAGCGAAGAUCUUCCACGUACAUCACUGACUCCGAAGCUGAGUCGUAUGGUCCAAGACUUCGUUCUUGAGGUCAAGACCGGCUUUUCUGGACAUGAGACCAGCUUCCUACGUCUGCCCGUCCCCUUGAGCUCUGUCGAAGAUGAUGACGCGAGAGGUAUCCAGGAUGGCGAAAUCAAGAUCACUCCGGCCGAUAUCAAAGAGAUGUUUGAGUUUCCGCUUCGUCGCACAUACGAACUCUUGCUUGAGCAGAUUUUGCAGGCACGUCGCACAGGCAACGUGAAGCUGAAGUAUGUUUUCAUGGUUGGUGGCUCCUCUGAGUCGCCCUACAUCUACGAAAAGAUCAAGACUUUCGCUGAAGCCAACGGUCUGGCGACGAUCCGACCUGCUCAUGCAUGGUCCGCUAUCGUUCGUGGUGCAGCUGCCAAAGGCCUCGAGGGUGAUGGCCGCGCUCACAUCAAGAAUCGCAAGUGUCGUCGGCACUAUGGUACUGAGUUCCGUUCAACAUUCAUCAACGGCAAACACCAUCCUACCGAUGCGUACAGAUGUCCGUACACUGGUGAGAGGCAAGCUACCGGCCAGAUGAGGUGGUUGCUCAACAAGGGUCAAGAUCUCGCUGCGGACUCGAAGGCGCACGCAUACACGGAUCUAUCAGCCUACUUCUGGCCGGAAUCUGCUCGUAUGGUUUCUUUGAAGCUGCGAGCUUCCAAUGCUGAGGAGGCACCGAGCCGUGGAGCGGACAAGGAUGUCUACACCGUCGCUACAUUGCAUGUCGACUUGAGUGGUGUUCCUCAGAGCGCUUACGAACCUCGCUCAGGCUUGGCCGGUCGUGCCUACCACACACUAGACAUCCGCGUCGAGAUGACUAUCCAGUCUUCUCUUGAGUUCACGCUCUUGGUCAAAGGCGUUCGUUACGGAUCCGUCACCGCGAACUAUGCCUAG